AUGGUGGUGGUGCCGCGUGCCGCGGCGACAUGCUCACUGUAUUUAGGCGCCAUGUUCUCCAGCGGUAUACGUUCUAUAUUUCGCGCUGCUGCGAUAGCUCCGCGCAAUCGUGCGUGCCAUCAGGCCGUGCGCCAUUACACAAAGCACGAAUACGAGGGUCGCGGGUUCCGUCGGAUUUUAGGCCCUUUCUGGGUGCUAACGACCCCUGUCUUUCUCCAGAGCUACGCGGUUAUUGGCACCUUUUUCAUGAUAUUCCUCUACCCUCUGGAUUCCGCAUUGUACAAUGUGCGUCGUGUGAAAGCCGAGCUUGACUCAAAGGUUGCUGGCUAA